AUGGCGUCAGAUCAAGGAUUUGGAGGCCCAGUUGAACGGUCAAGGCGGAGUUUGUCAACAUCAGGUCCCGGGCCUAACGGUGAAGGCGAGACGAGACCAGAGAAGGAGACAACCAGAAAACCAUCAACCGACGAAAAGGACGAGGCCACGCAAUCAUCACAAGUCUUACCACGCGGGUAUGACAAUGUCUCUAAUGCACCAGCCCCAGUGGCAGCACCACUCUCACGAAACCCUUCCGAAAUGUCAACAACUUCAACCACAUCAAGUCCAGGACCUGACAGCAGGAGGUCUCCUGCCCCAAGCCAACCGCUUGAGCCUCCUGUGACAAAAUCAAGUCUUGGUGAACUUGAGGUUUCCAAGAUCAUCAACAACCCCAAGUUAAGGCACGACAUCAACUUCGAUCCUGAACUACACUUCAGACCCAACGUUGAAGGUGACAAGGGACGAAGAAAGCAUGAUCGUGCCAGCAUCUUCUGGAUGACCCUCAAGGAGGAGCUCCUCGAAUUUAUCGUGGACAGAGACAGUUUCUACGCAAAGCACGGCACAGGCGACGACUGGUGCUUACCAAAGCUUCUCAAGUCUGUGAAGGAAAUCAUCCAAACCCUGGUUCCCCAGCGUGAUCGACAAUUCCUCGACGAGGGUCUCAACGUGGAACUUCUAAUGCAACAGUUUCACCGCGGAAUCGCCGAUCUUGAGAAGCUUGCUUCGUGGCUCUCGAGCGUUCUUAAAUCUCACUGCGCACCAAUGCGAGAUGAGUGGGUUGAUUCUAUGUACAAGCAGCUCAGCAACGGCAACAGCAACAAUGAUGUCGAGGAGCUUGUCAAUGGCAUGCGAAGCUUGCUUAGCGUUCUUGAGGCAAUGAAGUUGGAUGUCGCAAACCACCAGAUCCGCUGUCUUCGACCGGCUCUCAUUGAAGAGACAACCGCAUUUGAACAAAAAUUCUUGAUGAAGAAGCUGCGAAACCGCAAGAUGGAUAUUGGCGAUGCUAAACCAUGGUACCAGGAGGCUGCCAGAACCUAUCCCAGUGGCUCCGGUAAGAUGUCAUCUCACUUUGGAGAUAUGGGCGUCUUUUUCGAGGGACUCUCGCGAUCAAUGCUGCCUUCUGCUGGCGAGAAGCCUCUGCCUGGCACAUUCUUCUUUGACGAGGAUCGACUAGGCCGUGUCCGAUCUGAUAUCCUCGAUGCCAUCAACUUGGAUGUCUGUAUGCGCAUGUAUGAAGAUCUCGAGCGGGUGUCACGGUUGAAUUCACCUCCUGCUUGCCUCAGCGCUGUCCCAGACGAUCAUGAGUUCAACUUCAACACGCCACCCUCUUCGAACUCACGACCUUCAAGUGUUGCCCUUAGCUCUACAGGCUCGAGCUCAUCAUCACCACGAUCGUCCCUAGUUUUCCCUUCAUACCUGACCUCAGAUACCAACGAGUCAAAAUCCAAGGCUCGAAACCUUCGCGAUACCCUAGUAGCCCUUCUUCAACAAGCGCCUCAUGAUCUUCACCACCACGACCGAUGGCGAGCAAUGGCCCCGUCUCUGGCCCUGCAGAUUUUCCGUUUCACCAAUGCACCCAUGGAUAUGCUUGCAAGUUUCGAGGAGAAGCUGACCGAGAACGUUUGCCGUAUCUCAUCUCCCAUUUACCAAGAGAUGGAGGAGGCAUACCGUCAUCGACUUGUCACUGAGCUUGCUACUCGUGUCCGCUACUUCAAGUCACUAUCCGGUGUUUGCCUGUUCUCGAUUGCCACCGGCAACCGUGUGCCAGCCAGCAGCCGCAGCUUGGAUGCAGGACGAGACCGAGAUUUGGAUGCAGCUAUCCGCAUGGGCCAGCAGGAAGGCGGCAUUGAAGAUAUUGCAACCCGUAUUGCUCACGUUGGCGUUGUUCACUGGAGGAUAUGGGCUCGCAUGGCAUAUGUCGACGAGGAUGACAUGUCUUUGGACUAG